AUGGAAUAUCAAACCUUUAAUAACAGCUCUCCUUCGUCGAACACAUCCAUAUCUCCUGCAAACUCACCAGGACCAUCAUCAGCAGCAGGAGCAUCAACUCAGGCACAGCAUAAACUUUUGAACAGAAUGUCCACACUGUUCGGAGGCGGGAAAAAGAAAAAUGAUACGUCUACUGCUAAUCCUGCAGUAUAUUAUGCGACCAGUAAUGUCAAUAACAAUGACUCGCAGUUUGCUGACUCAAUGUUCAACUAUGAGGGAACAGCGUCUUGUGUAGAUUCAAUGUAUUCCUCUCUUCAAUCUCGUCGUUCCAAUUAUCGUCCUGUACCCAAUCCCAAAACGCCUGAACCAUUGCGUACAGUUCAGCUAGACAGUCCUAUCGUCCAUUUACCCACACCACCCCCUCCUAAUGCACAGCAAAACCGCCCUUCCGUCCCUCCUUUAAAAGAUAACAAUCAAAUUACUAGUAGAUCGGCUUCUCCAGACUUGGCACUAGUCGCAGGAGCUACCACCCGAAAAGCAUCGCCACCCUCUUCACAGCAACAUAUCUCUACCUCAAGCAGCUUUGAUGUUGGAGAUCAUAGCAAAAAGCAAGUUGGUAUUCCUUCUGAUAAGGUUGAGGAUAUUGAAGAGCAAUUCAAACUAUUACUGAAAGAGUAUGCUCCUUCUGCAGACCACAUGAAUAAUGUCAAUAACUUAACUUUUGAACAAAAAGCAAUGCUGCUUCGUUCCUCGAGAUCGCCAGCCUUAUUAAAGAAGAACUCCACAUUUUCACACGUCAUGCCUUCAUUUUCAUUAAAGGCAACGUUCAGCAGGAACAAGAAUAAAGCUACAGGAGCAACAAAAAAUGGAACGAGCAAACCUCCACUUCCACACAAUUCUUAUAAUAGUUCUCCCCUCUUCGAUCAGAGCGCUCUACAAACUAACAAUAGCAGCAGUAUAUACACUCAGUCCGACGGAAAAAUGAUGAAUUCUAUCAAAGCAAAUACGGCUCCCGGUAGAUAUAGUCGUAGUACUCGAUCUUCCUUGCCCAUGGGUUCUGGGCAUGAAUCCUAUGGUCGCAAUAAAUCGAGAAGCAAGUUAAAAUCAACUCCAGAAUAUUUUGUGCAUUACCUUGAAGAGACUUAUGUCAGAGACUUGGAAGAGUCUGAAGUAUUGGAUUUGCGUGUCUUUCUACGUAGUGUAGUUGUUAGCUGGACCAAUGAAUUUCUGAGCCAGGGUGGAUAUGAAGCAAUUUCUAAACUUUUGAAGCAAAUGAAAGAAGCCCCAAAAAGGUUCCCGAACGAUAAUAAGAUUUUGCAACAUCUUUGCAAGUGCUUAAAGACUAUUAUGACUCAUGAACCAAUUGGUACAGAGCUGGUUUUACGCAAUCCUGUUGCCUUUUACCACAUUCGCGAUAUCUUAUUCGGACCGGCUAACAAAAAGCAAAAGCAAGUCUACGCAUUAGAAAUUAGCACACGGAGUACUUUGUUAAAUCUUUUAUGUGCCCUCGCUACAAUUCAGACCAGUCACUGCAACCGUGCCGCCGAUUACGUACACGGCUAUGAUGUUCUUCGUCGUCUCCUACUCGACCGUUCUUCCGACACAAACACAUCUUCUAGUGAUACAGAUGAUAAAAAGAAGAGCCAAACGAAGCACAAAUCUCCUUUCCCCACCACGCUCAAAACAGACCCCAAAGAGAUUUUACAAAUGAUCAUGGAGAAUGAUCCAAACGGUCAGGCCAUUGGAGGCGAAUAUAAAUGGGAUAAAGACGAGCUAAAGCCACGUUAUACCGCUUGGAUGAGAGAAUUGCAAUAUACAGUAGAGCGGCACAUUGAAACAAUUACUUUCUUGGCGCAGGUGUUAAAUUAUGACUUUAAUAGCGCGUAUCGACAAAUUCAUAAAAUGAGACAACAACAAGGCCAGCAGGUCGACUAUGAAGAGUUGUAUAGGCUAUCAUCUUCCUCAAAUGGUGAGACAUCCGGGGCUGUCAUGACUGAAGAGGGUGUAGUAGAUUACAUUGUCACGCAUCUACGGUUAAUUCGAACAGUAGUAACUACCCAGCCUACAAGCUAUGUGGGGCAAUACGAUGAGCGUGAACAAGAAAAGAUGAGAUUAGAACUUAUGCUUUCGGGCUUCGAUAAGAUUGCAAAGAUCCUUGCACAAUGUCCCCAUCCAACAGUUCGUGCUUCUUAUAUCAACUAUCUUAGUCCUUUGAUGAAUCCAUGUGCGGAGCUACCAAUACCUGACAGAAGUGCAACUCCAACUUCAGCUAAUAGUAACAGUUCAUUAACACCCUCUGUAGCACAAUCAGAAGCAUCACAAGAGCAACAAAAACCACCACCUCUGCCUUCUCGCUCAGCUUUAAAAGGGCGUGAUAUAAAUACUAGUCUUGCAACAGCAGCAAAGGCCGAUGCACCACCAUUUCUCGGAAAUACUGGCUAUCAUCAUUUGAGUGACGAAGACAAUUAUGAAGUAUCCAUAUACGCAGAUGAUGUUGCAGUUGACGAUACGCUUCAUGACUAUCAAAUUCAAAACACUGAUGAUAACAACACUAUUAGAGACAGACAGUGGCAAUAUGAAGACGAACCUUACUAUGAUGACAUUUUUUUGGAUGAUGAUGAGGAGUUCACUGACGAACAGUUUUACUCAGAAGAGUACUACAACGAUGACGAUGAAGAUGAAGAUGAAGCAAAUACGAGUUCAGACGGUGGAAAUGAUGGUCAGAAAUACUAUCACGAUCAGCAACAGCGACAGCAGCAGUUUGACGAUAACGAAUCAAUCCUAUUUGAAAGAGAAGCUAGAGAAUUCAUUACAGCGAAACGUGCUACGGCCAACACGCUAUUACUGAAUAAUUCUAGUGCUGCUCAACGUACAUAA